AGAACACCCGAGCUCUAAUGUCACUCACACUAACCUCACUGCCGGAGGAGAUUCUUGAGCGAAUCUUUUCAUUCGUGCUGGAACCCAGAACAUCAUCUCCGGAUGUUUCGCCUGUUGUUCUCAAGACGUCGUUCACACGAUCCCAUUCAGCUCCAUUUCCUUCUAGUGCCAGCCGCGGUUCUGCAACCAGUAAUAAGAUUCGACCUGCUGACUUUCCGGCCUUCUCUCGGCCUCCUGUGCACCGGUACACACCUCUACUGACCUGCACGCUCUUCACCCGCAUUGGCGAGCCUCUUCUGUACUUCUUUAUCCACGUCAAAUCUCGCGCACAGUGUUCCCAGCUGGUCUACACGUUGCGCGGGCGUCCGGACCUCGCCCGCUGCGUCCGCGCGCUCAGUAUCGAUGGUUUAUGGGGCGACAGCAAUCCACUUCUCCGCGCGUUGCGUGUCCGCGGCAUGCGGCUUGAACGCUUCGACUUCUGCAUCACUAGUGACCACAAUGCUCCGCGCGAGAGCACGUCUGAGCUCGAUAUGUUCUGCGACACGCUGAGCAUGCUGCCCCUCUUCGGCACAGUCAAGCAUCUGACGGUGCGCAAGGCUGCGAACGCCUACCUUGCGCUGCCUGCCCCGAACAGCACGCUCGAGUGCCUGAGCAGGGUCAUCCCGGAAUGGCGAUCGCUGGAAUCCGUCAAGAUCGGCUUCCGGCUCCCCUCCGGGCCCCGCAGCGACGCGUCUCCCGCACCCGCGCCUGCGAGCGACAUGUCCGGCGUGCGCCACUUCGUCGCUGCUCUUGCAUGCGCGCCCGCCCUCCGCGUCGUGCACGCCGAGCUCCCGGCGGUAUGGAACACCGCGCUGCUCGCGAUCGCGGGCAACCCGGCGCUGCGCGCGAUCCGCCUCAGCCCCGCGCCGUCCGCCGCAGGCGCGCACGCCUUCCUCGCCGAGGCACGCAGGCACGCCCGUCUCGCGGAGCUCAUCGAGCGCGGCACGCCGACGCCUGCGCCUGCCGCGCGCACCGGGCGGGCGCUGUCGCGCGUGGAGCACGCUGGUACGCCGUCGCGCUCGGGCUCGCGUGGACGUACGCGCGCGAACACGACUGUCGGUGUGGGCACACCGAGCGUCGUCUUCCCCAGCGCGCCUGUGCCGCCCCCUGCGCCGGCUGCCUCCCCUUCCAGCGCCUCCGUAUCGUCCAACCCAACGGGUGGACCAAGCAGGCGGUCCUCGCAGCGACGCACCGGCCGCCGACAGUCAAAGGCAAGCCGUCGCAUAAGCGCCGUCUGA